AUGAAUCAUUCAAGAAUAUAUGGUGUCUUUAUAAUUCAAAUUGCAUGAAGCAUGCUAUCGCUUGAUAUUAAUCAGUCACUUAACAUUUCUCAAGACAUAUUGUUGAAUGUUUUACUACCACCUAUUUGAGUAAACAAAAAAGUUUAGUUCUCUCUUGGAGAAAGGUUAAGUUUUUUUGGUUUUUUUUAUAUAAAUUUUAUAGUAAAAAUGCUUUUUUCGAAAAUUUAAACAUCCUAAUUAGCAAAAAUUGGAAAGCAAAUAUUUAUUUAAUUUGUAAAAUUUAUGUUUUAAAUGCAAAUUAAACAGAAUUAGCUAGAGAUUUCAUUAUGCUAAUUAUCACUUAUAUAUCAAUUUUUUUCAUCAAAUUUUUUAUAUAAAAAUAAUUUUUGUUCGCUCACUGAGGGGAGUUAGAAUUUAAACCCUCAAACAUACAGGAAAGGUACAUUUCCAUAGAACUUACUUUAAACAACUUUAAUUAUACAGCAAUUCCUUUAUUGACUCUAAGUCUUAAUAAUCAGCCCACGCUUUCCAAGCCUCCACAAAUUUCUUCUCUAAUUUCAAAUUUCACUGAUUUUUAUGCUUACAAUAAUCAGCUCGCUCAGCAUACAGUUAUCUUUGAUUACCAAGAAAUGGCAUUCAAUACUUCAUUUUUUAUUGGAAUUUUAUAUGAAAAUUAUAGUGAUUCUGCAAUAACUUAUAAUUUAAAAUCUCAAGAGUCUAGCGAUUUGAUGUGCCCUAAUAAAUGCUCAGGCAUUGGACGAGGAAGGUGUGCCGCCCUUAAUAAUUGUGCUUGCUAUUUUCCAUAUGUAGGAAGAGAUUGUGGGAAUAGAAUUUCAGUAGCUAAUUUAAAUAAAAAUGUGACUGUACCAAUCGAGAGCUCCCAAAGAGGUUAUUUAGAAAUAAACAACACGCAACGUAAUUGCUAUUCAGUAAAUAAGAGUAGUGUGAUUUUAAAAUGCACAUGAAUAGGAAAUGCUGGGAUGAUUUAUCUUGGCUGACCAACUUCAAAGUAAUUGAUAAAGUAGCGAAAAAGAUUUACCGAAUAGAAAUAAUUACAUGCUAAGGCUCAAUAUAGGCCAAGAUAAAAGCCCUCUUGAAAAGAAAAUUGAUUUUUCUGAGUCUAAUCCAAUUUCAUUAAUGGCAAUUUAUAAUACUCAGGAAGACAAAAAAAUAACCAUUGCUUGCCAAAUAUAUGAAAGUUCAUCAUCAUCGUCAUCAUCAUCAUCAUCAUCUGCAAAAGUUUCUAACUCCCCCCCCUUUAAAUUGAAACAAAAUAUAGGUAAAAUUCCUACUUUUUUGGGAAAUUACCCCCCCUUUAAAUUGAAACAAAAUUUUAUUAUAAUAGAAAAUUUUACAGGUAAAAAUCAUUAUUUUAUAUGUAAAUACGUUAAUACCCUAUUUAAUAUGCUUCAAACAUAUAAGAUUUAGAAAUUAAACUCUAUUUUGUCCAAUUGUUAUGGGGAGAGUUAGAAGAAUACCAUUUCAGCAAGUUUACACUUUGAAAUUGAGAAAUUUAUGAAUUAAAUUUUUCAUGAAAUUCUUUAAAUUUAUAUAAUUUAUUUUCUAUAAAAAUUUUAUCUCUGAAAAAAAAUUUUUAUAUAUAAAUUUUUUUUAUAAAAAAAUUUUCUUAACCCCCCUUUAAAUUGAAACAAAAUUUUUUGUUUCAAUUUAAAGGGGGGGGAGUAAGCCAAUUAUAGUUCUCAUCUGCAUUCUCUGCAUUUCAUGCUCACUUUUAAUCAUGCUAGCAAUUGGCUGUGUCCUACGUUAUCGCUAUCUCAAAUCAAUGAAUUCGCGAAUUUCCGAAAUAGAAAGCCCUUCAAAAAUUCCUACAAACUCAAUAAAUACCUGAUACCCUAUCACUGACUUAAAAGAUUUCAAACAUAUGGAGCUUCCCGCAAUGUGUAUGAUUUGCAUUGAAGACUAUUCCCCUGAUUCCAAAGUCAGAAAAUUAAAAUGUGGGCACAUUUUUCAUGCUGCCUGCAUUGAUGAGUGGUUUAGGCACAACACUAUUUGCUGCUUAUGCAAAAGGGUUUGUGAUACUGUUGAAGCAUCACCUUUAGGUGAUUGCUCACCUAUAAGAGACGAUAGUACAAGAAUCUACAAUGAAUCUUUUAAUGGGCUGACUAUUGUAGAAAUACAGCAAUAA